AUGGCAGAUGCUUCAGAUUCAACUUCGGAUCUGAGCCCAGCUUCCAGCUUUUCACUUUCUGAGAUCUUUCCUGAGACUCGCUAUGAACCACAGAAAAUAGAGCCUCUGAUCGCACUUGAGUCUGAGUCUGAGUCUGGUCUGUCAGACCAGGAAAGACUGCUUGGCAGUCUACAUAGUGAUGGCAGAGUCUAUCGUGACGAAACGGAAUUCCAAGAAGAACUUCAUAGAUUAAAAACAAAGAGCUCACAAAAGUUCAGAACUAAAUGGGAAGAAAUACUUGCUAAGUAUUCGUCUAUAGACGAUGAAAAGGAAAGCGACGAGAUAGACCUAGCCACGGGAAAAAUCGUGGUAGACAAUGGCCAUUUGAGGUCGUUACAUGAUGGAAAUGGACGAAUGGGAAACGUCAAUAUUGACGGUAAUAUCUGGGCCAUGUCAUACGAUAUCGAUAAGGAUUUCUCACGAAUGAGGAAACGAGAAGUUACAAAAAAGGAAAGGAAAAGAGAAUUGAAACUUAGACUCAAACAACAAAAUUUGUUUCAUAUACAUAGUAACAGCGAUUACAACUACGAUAAUGGCUCAAACCGCCUCAAGCGAGCACCGUUAGAAGAUAAUCUUCUCCAAUUGAAUCCUUCGCCUACAAAAAAAUCUAAGUCAAAACCAGUCAUUGGGUCAAGACUGUCAAGUCCAGUUAGAAGCGAAUAUGAUUCACCUACAAAGAAAAGAAUACCGUCACAUAGUAUACAUCUAGACUCUUCAUCUCCCAAACCAGAAGCAAUUAAGCGUGGUUCGUACUUUGAAUUAUCGCCAACUAGGCAAGACGCCAGGAAAUUGGUUAGUUCUUCACGUACAGCUUCCGUAGAGACAGAACUUUCAUUUGUCCAAUCUGACGACGAUCUCGAGAGUGAAACGUCUCAAACGUCACAAGUAGAAUCACUGGAAAAUGACCUUCUUAUGAAUGAAUUUGAUACUGAUCCAAACCAGCACAAAUUGUCAUAUAAUUGUAAGACUCGUUCAGACUCACAACAAGAUAAAGAAGAAAGCUCAGACUCAGACAGUUUUGAUGAUGAGUAUCUGAUAAUCAGCGAGCCUUACUUUCUUAAACAGCGUGGCGAACAGGGUACUAUUUACGAGUGUGCUUUUUUCGGUUGCUCAUAUUGUACAGGGAACAAACUCCUAUAUCAGAGUCAUCUACUAUUGAAACAUUCACUAGAAUUGUAUCUGCUAGGAUACCCUGUAGAAUCACGAGAAGAGAAUAACAGUGGUUUGACAAUUUCAACUGAUGAACGUGACAAGGUCUUAAAGCAUUUUCCUAUUACGUAUGCUAUUCCUCCUCUUCCAAGUUCCAGUAAUGGCCAAGUCUUUGAUUGUUCAAGACUUGACUGUGGCAGGAAAUGCCAGCGUUUCUUUCUUACAGAGGAGGACCUAUCAGAGCAUGAAAAUGCUGAAACUAGUCAAUGCUCAUGGCGGACACAAGUACUAUUGUGCCCUCUAUUGGGCUGUGGGUAUAUAACAGAAGGUGGAUAUUUGGAAUGGAGAGCACACUUUAUUAAACAGGGACAUCACAUCGAACCAGAAACAGGAUUUAAGUUCACUGAACAUAGAAAUGAUGCAGAGGCGAAAGCAAGUAACCAUAUUAAACGAGAGCAUUAUGAUACGAAUUCACUUGACAAAGGUUUGAUAUUCAGUGAUGAUAUUAACGUACUAUUCAGCGAUAAUGAUGACUUUGAUAGUCCAGCAGAUGAUGAAAAUACGGAUGUCGAAGAAGAUGGUAUUGAAGAAACGGGCGAUGAAGAAACGGGCGAUGAAGAAACGGGCGAUGAAGAAGCAAGCGAUGAAGAAGCAAGUGAUAAAGAAGUAGGCAACGAUGAAACAGGCAACGAAGAAACAGACGAUGACAAAAUCAAAGAGCUUAAUCAUGUACAUAAUGAAACUCUCUACUCAUUGCCAGUGAAACAGACAAGACAAGUCACCAUCACUCAAACACCCAAGUUUGACCAUUCAUUGGAAGUAUCAGACUUGGCUCCAGAGGUUAGUUUUGAAGGGUAUGAAUCCAUAGAAGAAUUGUUUUCAAACUAG